ACUAUCACUUCGGUUCCUCAUCAGGUGUGAGGUCAUGAACCCAUUGGUGAUCGUUAAUUUUGAAAGGUUACUUGAGCAAAAUUUUCGAACAAGAUUUAUGUCUGUAUACUAUGUCCUCAUGUCAAUGCAGGUAAACCCUUCUUCGUACUCUCCAACUCGUGUUUUCAGCCCACACUACGAUAAUUCUUCUGUCCAGUUUGAUUUGUCUAUGCAGCAGGAAAUUCGUGGAAUCCCGGAUUCGCAUCGCCCACUUCUGAUUCCAAGAAUUUUCGAAGCUAAAUAUAGACACGUCGAUGCUGACAAAAUGUACCUUACCGAUGGGUCUCUAAUUGAGGAAUCAACGGGAUUCGGAGUGUUCAACGAAACAACUAGCGCCUCUUAUAACCUCCAGUCUCCAUGCUCUGUGUAUAUAGCAGAGUUAGCUGCUAUUCACUGGGCCUUGGACAGCAUCGCCUCACGGCCUGUUGGGCACUACUACAUUGUAACGGAUAGUCUAAGCUCAGUUGACGCAAUACGAUCAAUACGACCGGGAAAGCACUCGCCGUUCUUCCUAGAGAAGAUACGGGAUACUUUGAGUGCUUUAACAAGACGUCGCUUUCCCAUUACCUUUGUUUGGGUUCCCUCUCAUUGCUCGAUAGUGGGCAAUGAGAAGGCAGACUCUCUGGCAAAGGUGGGGGCGACGGAAGGCGACACGUAUCCACGUGAAAUCGUCUUCAACGAAUUCUACUUCUUGGUACGAGGGAACUCUCUUGUCAACUGGCAGCGCAAAUGGGACGAGGAUGAGGAUGGUCGGUGGCUCCACUCGAUUAUCCCAAAGACGCGGUACUCUAUCGUUUUGACAUUGCUGGCAGCAAUUUGUGUAGUUGCGGCCAAGGUUACCAUGACAUCGAGCAUAUUGUUUGGUCGUGUGAGGUCCAUCUUGUCGCCAGAACGAAUUUAAUAGACUCCCUUAGGGCCCGAGGAAAACCACCUAAUGUUCCAGUUAGAGAUGUACUAGCUGU